UUUCAAAACUAUAUGUAUAUGAACACAACUCAAAUACCAUCGUCAAACCACCACAGCUCAUCAGCGGCAGGCAGCCUCUCCCAAAUCUCUCUAUAAAUACGUACGUACAACCCCCAGAUUCCACAGAAAUACUCCAAAAUCGAUAACAUCUUCGGAAAGAAAUGAGCAAGACUACUACAGCCACUUCCUCUUCUUCGUCGUCGUCGAGCUCCGGCAAUGGAGCGACCACGGAAAAGGCUUUCUCCAGCUUGGCUAACCUCAUCAAGCUUCUUCCCACAGGAACCGUUCUCGUGUUUCAGUGCCUUAAUCCCGUGCUCACCAACAAUGGCCAAUGCAGCAACUCCAACAAGUCCGUCGCCGCCGCCGUCGUCGCCCUCUGCGGACUGGCCUGCUUCAUCUCCUCCUUCACCGACAGCUACAAGGGCAGCGACGGCCGGGCCCACUACGGCUUCGCCACCCGGAAGGGCAUCUGGCCGUGUCCGGCCUCCGAGUCGGUGGACCUGUCGAAGUACAAGAUUGGGUUCGGGGACUUGGUCCACGCCAUCUUGUCGGUGAUGGUGUUUGCGGUGGUGUCGCUUCUGGAUUCCAACACCGUGGAAUGCUUCUAUCCGUCAUUCGAGUCGAGUCAGAAGGCUCUGGUCAUGGCCUUGCCGCCGGUGAUCGGGGCCAUCGCCAGCACCGUGUUUUUGGUGUUUCCGAACAGCCGCCACGGGAUUGGGUACGCAUCGAGUUCGAGUUCGAGUUCGAGUUCGAGUUCAAGUUCAAGCCAGCAGGCAUCAGAAAAUCGGUCGGCCGUUCGACCGGUGGACCAGUCUCCAGAUAAUAAUCAGUCGGCUGUUUGAUCAUGAUCAAAGAAUGAUGCAU